ACGACAGCCACCCUAACAGGUACACCUGUUCAACGGCUACAAACAUCGAUCUGGCCAAUCACAGGACAGCAGCUCAGUGCAUUUAAGCAUGCAGACCUGAUCAAAACUAUUAGCUGAACUUCAAAACAAGCAUUAGGGUGGGUGAUUUAAGAGACUUUGAACUUGACAUAGUUGUUGGUGACUGACCAGCUGGUCUGAGUAUUUCAUAAACUGCUGAGAGAAUGGUCCACAAAGGAGAAACUCAGUGAGUGGCAGUCCUCCCAAUAUAAACGCCUUGUUAACAGAGAUCAAAGGCUAGAGUGCAGAAAUAACCUAAAAAACAGUUGUUACAACCAAAGUAUGCAGAAGAGCAUGUCUGAAAGUAUAACGUGGAGCCUUAACGCAGGAAUGUUACAGCAGGACUGGAUACCUCUCCUGUCAACUAGGAAGUAGAAACAGGCUCAUUAAACUGGGACAGUAGAAGCCUGGAAAAAUGUGGCUGGUCUGCUGAGUUUCAACUACAUUCAGAUAGCUGCGUCAGAAUUUGGCACAACCGACAUGAAAGCAUGGAUCCAUCCUGCGUUGUAUCAAUGUUUCAGGCUGCUGCUGUUUCUUUGGCACACUUUGUGUUCUUUAGUACCAAUUGAGAAUUUUUUAAACACAACAGCCCACCUGAGUAUUGUUGCUGACCAUGCCCAUUUCCUUAUGACCAUAGUUUACCAAUCCCAGCUGGUUGCUGCAUUUAUCAGGAUACACACCAUGUCAUGAAGCUCAGACUCUCAAACUGGUUUCUUGAGCAUGACCAUGAGCUCACUGUACUCGAAUGCCCUCCACAGUAACCAGAUCUCAAUCCAUUAGAAAACUUUUGGGAUGCUGUCAAAUGGAAGCUUCACAUCAUGGAUGUGCAACCGACAAAUCUGCAGCAACUGUGUGUUUCAUUCUCGUAAACAUGGACCAAAAUCUCUAAGGAACAUUUCCAGCACCUUGUUGAAUCUAUGACACAAGAAUUGAAUCAUUUCAGAAGGCAAAAGAGGGUCUUAGUAGUAGCAAAGUGCACCUAAUAAAGAGUUGAGAUAAUUUAUGUCUCUAACAUUGCCUGUUUCUAAAUCACAUCCUCUUUAAAAUGAUUUACAAGGCUUUUUUUUAACCCUACCAAUCAAUUAUUUAUCAGUCAGAAAGGUUCAUAGUCAAAAUUCAAACAUAUAUUGGAAGAUGGAAAUUCAAGUAUUCCUAAUGAAAUAAUGAUCUUUGACAAUAAUAAAAUUAUAAAGUGAUGGAAAAAGUAACAAAACUGGUUGAAAGAUCCAUUUAAACUGUCAAAACUGGGAACAAUUUUAUUAUGUUAGAGCAGCAAAUGUAAUGUUUUACUCUUACAAGGUAUAGUUUACUUUUACCAAUGUAAAGGCAUUUGUAUUUUAAUAAUCCAGUGUAUUACUACACACCAAAUGUGAGUGAUGAUUCAUCAAAACAUACCGAAGCAUUAUUUAAACCUUCACUUUCCUAGUUUAAAAAAACACAACAGUUUUCUUUUAUAAUAGUGCUAGAAGAAAUGGCAUCACUAAAGUUAUGAUCCUGGAGGUUCAAUAAAGUAAAUAAAAGCAUCUUCAACAUCACAUGCUAAACGAGGUCCUAUCAUUAGUUAGGAGUAAUAGCUUCAUUAAAUACAUAUAUACUGUGUUAAUAUUUUAUUUUUACAGCAUACAAAGAGAAUGUCCUUUGCUGCCUGCAACAAAUCAGCAAUUUCAGUUGGUUAUAUGACUGUUAGGUAGGGAAAUUUGGAGCCAUGUUCAAGCUGUGCAGCAGGUCAGUUAAAGGCAGACAUUUGAGCAGCAGGUGAGGCUGUCUCUCUUACUGUUACAGGUAGGAAAUGCAAAUGAGUCCAGCUAGAGCUGAUUCACACGGUCUCUGGCUCACACGCUUUUAAUCUAUAAAGCAUUUGCAUCCAAGGACCGAAACAAAGACAUAUCCUCAUGACUUGAGCUGUGAGACGGGUCCCCAAGUCGUGAAAAUGAGUUUCUUUGGAAGACUGAAGAACCUUAUUCUCUGUCCAUGUCUUUUCUCCCUUCUUCCUUUCAGACCUCCAGCUCCUCCUAGGAGGACAGAUAACAAUGCAGCAUUUGGGUGGCCGGAGGACGAAUUUGAUGAUGACAACGACAUGUAUGAAGCUCCUCCCUGUGAGCGACCGGCUGUCAAAGUGCCACCGAGAGCAGUGGAGGAGAACGUUUAUCUGGAGAGGACUUCCAAACCUGGUGUAACACCGAGGCAGGUUGCACCUCCACCCAGACCAAGCAAAUCCUCGGAUGCCAUCAGCAAACCACCUGAGGUCAUUAGAAGUGAUAAGCCAGGGAGGAAGAUGAUGCCGCUUCAGACAGUCCCUGUAGAGGAAGAUGUGUACCUGGAUCCAACUGAAGAACCGGACGAUGAUGAUGAUGACCUUUAUUUAGAACCAGAAGCAGCUUGCUCUCCUCCCCCGCGUGGGCCCAUGAAGAUGCCUCUGUCUCCCAGGACACCGGCACCUCCUCAAAUACCCUUGAAGAAGCCUUCAAUCCCCAGAGAUAAGUCUAAUUUUGUUUUGCCUCCAUUAGAGGACAGAAAAAGAGGUCCUUCGGCAGAAGAGAAACGUCCCACUUUUGCAAAGCCCCCUCCACCAAUUCCUGGUGCUAAGCCGCAUCUGCCAGCAAUCCUGAAGGAACCUAAAGCCAGCCCUCCAAAUCCCCCAAUACCAGACACUAAGCCUGUGGCCUCCUAUGGUGGUAUGAGGGUAACCAGACAUAACAGCCUGGAGGAUAGAGAAUGGUUUGCUGGUGACUGCAACAGAAAGACAGCAGAGGAUCUCUUACAGAGAAUCAACAAGGACGGUGCCUUUCUCAUCCGAUACAGCUCUGCCCAGAGCACGCACCAGCCCUACACCCUUGCCGUGCUUUACCAGCAAAAGGUGUACAACGUUCCCAUUCGCUUCCUGGUGGAAACUAAAGCCUAUGCCCUUGGAAAGGAAGGAAAAAAGAACGAAGAGACUUUCAACAGCCUGGAUGAAAUGAUUUCUUACCACAAGAAUAACCAACUGCUGCUGAUUGACAGCAGGAGCCAGGCCAAGCACACAGCACAUUUAACCCACCCUGUAUGCACUUAAAACUACACUGCAACAACAAGUUCAGACGAAUCAUGAGGAUAAUGGCACAAUCACUUACUGCGGGGCUACUGGGUGUCAAUCCCAGAAAUGUAGUUUCAUCUUUAUGGAAUCUAUAACACAUAGUACUUUUUUUCAUUUUAAAUAAGGGAAAGGAGACAGGGUAACUUUCAGUGCACAGAGUGGUCGAAAAUCCUCAGUGACACACUGCCUCAAGAUAGCAUGAAGUUCAGAGCUCGUCAACUUCGGUGCCUGUUUGCACCAUAUUGUCAUAGUAAUGAAUAGUUAACUGUUGAUGGUAAGAUCUAGCUGUGAGGAUGUUUAGCCUUACUGUCAUCACUUUUAAAAAUACAAAAGCUAAAGUUCUGCUGUUAUGAAGCAUUAAAAUGUCUCAAGAGCUUCACAGAAUGCAGCUAAUUGCUAUCUAUCUAUCUAUCUAUCUAUCUAUCUAUCUAUCUAUCUAUCUAUCUAUCUAUCUAUCUAUCUAUCUAUCUAUCUAUCUAUCUAUCUAUCUA